AACAUAUAUAAAUAAAAUGGCAUGAUCAUAGCCAAUGUAUGUACUUUUCAAAGAAUUGCUAAUAAAAAAGCAUUUUUUGGUGGACUGAAUAAUUUAAAUAAAGGCGGCGUCUUGUGAUUUGUUUACCCUGGCCAGCUGAUUGUCCAGCUGUCAUGGCCGCCACACACGUCACCUUCCGCUGGCUCGACAUACUAGAGAAGGAAUUCGACAAGGCCUUCGUCGAUCUUGACAUAUUGAUAGGUGAGGUUGACCACUAUGAUGUAGAGGAGCAGGACUUCCAGAGCCAGGCACGGUCCAGGCUUGAGGCACUCUCAUCAUGCUUUGCCCAGCUGACACACAAGGCUCAGACCAUCUUCCAGGCAAAUGCUAAGCUGGAGGCAGAGCUGGUCCACCUGCGGCAUGAGUGUGCAGAAGGCCGUGCCUUUCGCCAGGUGUGUGAGGCAGAAAACAAAGAGCUGCUGAUGAAGCUUCACUCAAGUCAGCUCAAGCUUCACUCUGCUGGCAGCUCCUCCCACAUGCAGGACUCCGAGAAGAUCAGAGAAAGACUGGAGAAGGACCUGGAGGAGCAGCGAUCAGAGAACCUCAAGAUCCACAUUGGCACACACGAGGCAAACAUCCUGAGGCGAGAGAAUGACUCUCUGCGCCGCUUCAUCCUCAGCUUGCAGGGGGAGCUGUACGGGGCCAAGCUGGCAGCCAAGUACCUCGACAAGGAGCUGGCUGGCAGAAUACAACAAAUUCAACUACUUGGGAGGGACUUGAGGGGAGAAGAGCAUGACAAGCUGUGGCGGCAACUGGAGGCUGAAAUUCACCUCCACCGCCAUAAGACAGUUGUUCGCGCCUGCAGGAGUCGCCUCACUCACCCCUCACAGCAGGUUCCCAGUGUGCCUGAGGAGGAGAGGUGUGGGGUGGCAGUGGCUAAUGGCGUCGGCAUGUCACAACCCACAAAGCAGCAGCAACGAAGGAUUGUCACUCUGCACAAGGCUCCUCAUGAGGGCCUGGGAAUGUCCAUCACUGGUGGGAGGGAGCAUGGUGUCCCAGUCCUUAUCUCCGUCAUCCAUCCUGACACCCCUGCCAGCCGCGCAGGUCACCUCUACGUGGGAGACGCAAUCCUCUCAGUGAAUGAGAUAUCCCUGAAAGAGGUGAGCCACAGCGAUGCAGUGCGGGUGUUGUCGGAGCAGGAGGGCACCGUGAGGCUGGAGGUGGUGUACGUGUCCCCAGAGGAUGAGGAUGACGAGGCUUCCCUCAUGGACGAUCCCUACGGCUUCAAGUACAAGAUCUUUGAUGAGGAUGUGGUGAGCCUGACCAGCAGCCAGCUCAUGCCCAACGGCCGCCUUUCCCGCGCCUCCGUGGAGAGCAUCCGUGGCUCCACUGACAACAUGCUCCUCGACUCCCCAAGGCGGCAGACAGAUCUGGCAGGUGGCAGCAUUGGGGUACUGGGCGAAGUGGCUGAGGAGGUGCAGGGUGCCCACAGCACCAACGGGGUCACCUCCUCCACCAAUGGCAUGGAUGACCUGAUGGCAAGUGGCGGCACGAUGGACGACGCAGCAUCACACGAGAGCCUGAAUGGAGCGGCUGCCCACCUGGUGUUCCACAGUGAUGCCACAGUUAGUGAGGAUGAAGGUGUGUGCGUCACAGGGGACCAGCUGCCACCCACUGCUGUCACAGACUCCACCACCACCACCACUACCACUGCUGUGGGGGUCGCAUCCUUCCCUGUUGCGAAGGGUGAGGGUGACGAGAUCAAGGAGGAGCAGCCAGGGACGAAGGACCAACUGAUUCUGAAGCCACAGGACCUUGCAGACCUCAGCUUUAAGGAUACACAGGACUCCAUUACAGAAUCCUCACUCAGUUCCCCCUCAAUGGAAGAAAAUGAGGAGGCACUCCCGACAGGCUGCAUCUCUCCACUAGAAGAUCUUGAACAGAAACUCAGUCUAAAUUUUACCAUUGAAGAAGGAUCCCAAGCAGAGGAAAUACCUGAAACAACACAGAGCAGAACGCCAGUGUUCAAUGGGAGCUAUUGAUGGUACCCAAUGUUGUCCCUUCCACAGGCGCCAGCGCACACUUAGCUUAGUACCUGCACUGUAGUGCUUGUGAGGAGACAACAUAGCACUCCAUAGUAAGUAAGCUGUGUGGUGAGCCAAAAGUUUUAUCUUCACCCUGAGGUUUGCUAAAGAUAGGAUGACUCUUGGCUCAUAUUUGUCCUUGAAAUGUAACGUUUUCUGGGAUAAGGGCAAGAUGAAUUUUGUUCCUUGUAUCUGUUGAGAGAAAUGUAAGAUUGGAGUAAGUCUCCAAUUUGUCAGUAAAAUAUAAGGUUCUCUGGGCAAAAAAUAGGAUGAAUGUUGUUUGUUGUAUGUGUAAGUUAGAUAGAUACCAGCACAAUAUGGAUCACAGAAUCAGAUCAAAGCUCAUAAAAUUAGAUACAAGAUCCAUCAAAUCUACAGGGAUGAAGAUAUUCCUUUUACUGUACAAAACUGGGUCCAGUUCUUACCUUUUCCAGUGAGGCACACAGGGCUUAUUUUGUAGACUCUGUCUGCCUGUUUGGUGGUGUUUGUGUUGUGGGGUGCCCUAGGUGGGUGUGGGCUGGGCAAGAUGUGGUGCAUAGCCAAGAUAUUUCUCCUCUUCAUGAAAUGUAAACAUAAGGACUGAGUGACUGUGUAUGCUAAAGAAAGAGAGAGUGAGAGAGAAAUUAUUUUCUUCACAUUCAAUGUAUUUUCACUGGUGUGAGUAGAAUAUAUGACAACUCUGUAAUGACGGAGCUAAGAGCGGGAAUUACUGUUUCCGUCAUUUUAUUGCAAACAGCAAAAUGAGUAUGUAUUUCUAUCCCUCUGACUGUAAGAGUUUAUUUGCUUAGCUGUUGUUGCUUCAGAUCUUUUGUCAUGUCAUAGAUCUUUGCUUAUCAUUCCUAUAAGGUCUGUGGUGAUAUGAACAAACAUGUGAAUAGUGAUGUUUGAAAGGCCUUGCUAUCAGCCGUGCUAUUUGUGUCAUCACAGAAUCAUUAUAUUUAGCAUACUUUGCAUCUCUUUCAAUGGAACGGAGAAUGAAGAUGGCCAUAUACAACAUUGUUCAUUAUGAGACGUGCUAACAUAAUCUUUACUUAAGUAUGUAUAUCUGAAUGGUUUAUACAAUUGUGUGUGUAUCCUGACACUACCAUCUCUUGGUGACAAUGUUUCCAGUGGUCUAAUCAAAUACACAGGUGGAUAGCAUCUGGAAAUAAGUACAAGGUAUAUUCUUUCACUGGUUCAUAAGUCCAUAUAAGGUGUCAGGCUGGAACAAAGACAUUUAUUUGCACUAAUGCAUUGUAUUGGCUCAUAAGAGGCAUUUUAACCAUAAAUAUCUUCAGUCUUGGAUCAUGGUCUUGGAAACUAAUUAAAAGGGAAUUUGAUCCUUGGUGUGAAGUCCUUAAUUUAUUGGGUGUGGAAUCUGGUGCUUAUUGAAGGCUAUUUGUUGCGUUACCUGCUGUGUUUAAUACUAAGCAGUACCAUUUGUUUACCUGCUGCUUGUCAGGCAUGACCUUGCUGUUGUGGUGUUGCAUGUCGCUUCACAUGAGUGCUGGUGUUUGUUACUUCACCAUCGCUUCAAGUUUUGGUGCACCUGUUGGACUUCUGAUUACUGCUGUCAUGAAUUUGUCAACCUCAUUACCAUAGUUUGUCCAGAUGAAACAGGUGAAUGAGCUCUUAUUCCUUCUUUUUUUAUGUAUUUGUUUUGUGCUAUCUCUUUCCUUUCAGUCUCUCCCAUUUGGCAACUAGAUAACUAACCAUUUCCAUUAUUUUCUCUUUAUCUCUUGUUUUUGUUCUGAAUAUCACCAGUUAAUUGGAUUAUGAGUUCUGCCUCUUUCCUUCUUGUGAUCUUGAUUGGAUGAUACCUGUUUUUUGUAUAUGUCUCUCUGGCAUGUCACUUACUUCAUGAGUGCAACAGAGGAGGUGGCCACAGCAGCAGAACCUCCACCUCUCCCAUUCCAAAUCCCCAUUCUGUGCUGGUUCAGUCCCUUAACCCUUUUACAGCUGUGGUCGUCCUUUGUUAUCAUUCAAAGCAUUAUGAAAACUAGAGAAUAGGAGGCUAACUUUGUCUUUUCUAGGCUACAGAACUACUUCAGAGACUGUAGUACAAAAUAAGUGUCAAAAAUGUUGUAAGUGAUGAUGAGAAAAAUGUGUAGCAGUGAAAGGGUUAAUUAAGCUAAAUGACUGACUAAUUAAGUAUAUCAACUCCUCUCUUGAAUUUGUGAUGCAUGCCUUGGGUUUGUGAAUGACAAAACUGCUUCAUUCCCCUACAAUGCUACUGCUGUUGACUAUUUUUGAGGAAUACACAUGUAAUAGGGAGCACAGUGGUUCAGGCAGUAAUGUGUGUAACCAAAUGUAACAGUCCAGGGUUCAAACUGCAGCUUACAGUUAAGAUUUUUCUGGGGUGCCUUGCUACUCCUAGGUUCACCCUGUCACUAGUGGGUACUGGUCAGCAGUGACUGGGGAUGUUAAAGACAGCAGAGAAAGAAACUGGCCACUCUACUCUGUGUUAAGUGGCAGGACCAGCCCAUCACCUGUGCUCCAUGAGUGUUGCAUGCUUUUACAUUAACUUAACACGUGUGUCUGAUUGGUGGCUGUUGUGUGGAAGGGGGCAGGGCUUACAUGUCAAGUUAAUCUGAAUGAACUAUGUGUAAUCAAGAAUCCAUGGUGCUGGCAACAAGGGCCAAUCAUUGCCUUCGUUGGUUCCUUUAUUUCACUGCGGCGUGCAGUCGACGGUGGCAGCGAAUGAAGAUUACUCUCACUAUGUAGAUAAAUAUAUUUUUGGCAGUAUGGAAGAUUUAUCCCUAAGACCAAGUCUCAUGAUAACAACGAAGGCUGAAAGAGUUGGAGGUGCAAAGACUACACUGGUGUCAUAUUAGUGUUGGUGUGCUGGGAUGACAACCCACAGGUGCAUUUUGACAAGUUAUUUAUUAUUCCAGGAGAGAAUUAGGAUAUUAAUAAUAGUGUUUGUUGAUUUAUACUUAAUUACCUAUUUAUGUUUUAUAUUUAUAUAUUACUCGGUAUUUGCGGAAAUGUGUCUUCAGGCAUAAUUACAACUUAUCAAAAUAUGUGUUCAGGCAAAUUUACAUUUGUCUGAAGUGCAUUUAUGUUUUACAAGAGUACUGUUCAGCUUAAAGCUUCAGUGAAUAGUAAUCAGCAGCUUUGUUGUGUAGUUAUUCAAGUAUUUGUGAUCAAUUGUACCCUUACAUUAUCGGCACAAUGUUACUUCACAUGAAGUGUGGGGAAGCAGGACUCAUGGGGCAUCACUAUUGUGAAAUUUUGCAGUCAUGUCUCAUUCCAUUGGUUUUCAUACGAGGUGUGGAUGUGACACUUAGAUCAGCUUUGUAGCAUACAUGAUAAUAAGGUUUCCCUAUUAAGUCACAAGGAUUGCUAUAAAUGUCUACUUUAAUGCUUUUUAAGCUUCCUUUAAGGAUGAUAAAAAUAUGCUCACUUUUUUCCUGCCCAUACAUCUCAUUCUUGUGCACUUCAUUCUUCUCAUUUUUCAUCAACAUCCUCUCAUUGUGUGUGUGUGUGUGUGUGUGUGUAUGUGUGUGUGUGUGUGUGUGUGUGUGUGUGUGUGUGUGUGUGUGUGUGUGUGUGUGUGUGUGUGUGUGUGUGUGAGACCUCAUCAUUUAAAUGUGAGGCUCUCGUGACUGGACCAUCAUAAGAUUUGUAUUGAAAAUUAUAAUCAGCAUUUUUUGUUGAUUUGAGUGGUCUGUGAUUCCUGCUUCACUAUGCCUCAUGUAAAACUAAAUUUUUGGUGACUGCACAAAUUUAAGUUUCAGAUUAUUGUAAAAUUUGUCACUGCUUGUGCAAAUUCAGUUAUCAGUGUUACUGUCUUUUAAUAAAGGAAGUGGUAGGAGGUACAACUUUACUUAUUGUUGACAUGAUUUGGAAUAUAAAAAAGUUAUAUUAGUACAGUAUUAUUUGAUUUAUGACAUUUGGUUAAGGUUCAGCUUUGUGUUGUUAAUGCAUAUUGUUGGUAAAAUAUCUAGACAGACAUUAGAAUAUAUAUAUUGUGGAUUGUGGAAGCCAAAGAAAAGAUGACUGCAUUUAUCAUAAAUAUUUUGACCUGUU